GCACCACUCAGGUCACCAAUAAAGACGUUGAACAGGACAGGCCCCAGUACCAACCCCUCGGGAACAACCCCUUGUAUUGCCUGGGGUUGAAACUGUUUCACUGUUUCAAUGAAGCAAACAUCAAAAACAUCUUCCUGCUUGCAAAAUUACGGUAGAGGAACUCUCAUCCUCUGCUCUCGAGUUCUGUAACUUGAGAUCCAGUGUCACUGGCUCUUUCUGGCAAUCAUGGAUCUGACAGCAUGGCUAUAGCCAGGCUUGCUAAAGUGAGAAACCUGUGAUUCCAUGAUCUUUUCUAGAGGUUGCUCAGAGCAGCUGAGAGAUUUCGGCAAUGUAAUGCACCCUUAUAUUCCCCUCCCAUCUUCCUCAUCUUGAACAGACAUCAUGAAGUCCCCAACAAUGCAUCUCAUACCACAGAAGGUUGGCACUAUUUCUGAAAGAAUGGUAAGGAUUGUGUUCUGCAUCACUAAAAACAGAUAUACCCUCACCUCCACUGCUUUUGCACUCAUUCUGUGAUCAAGUCCAAUUAAUCAGGCAUUUAUAACUGGGACCAAAGGUCCUGCCUUGUAGUGCAUUCUUCUUCUAGCGAAGCCUGCUUUAUCCACACAAUUUCACAAGUCUCUGGUGUAGCUGAGAAUAUCUCCAUGGCAGCAGCCUUACACAGCCUUCUUUAGGAAAUUGAUACAUCACUAAACAGAAUAGGAUUUUUUUUUCCUGAGCUUAGACUCAUUUCUUCUAAGGGUAACUCUAUAAUAUUUCAGUAUAUUCUUUUCUAUCCUGUUACACUUUUCCUUAUGAUGCUGUUGUUUUCUUUGAAAGCCUUUGUCUCACAUUUCUGUUCUGAAAUACCUUCAGGUUCCAUAUUGGAGUCAGCAGAACGGUCAGUCUCACUGGUCAAAGGUGGCAGAUCAGAGUACGCUGCUGCACUGGCCUGGGAGAAAAAGGGGGCUUUUCCAGGGAACACAAUCUUUAUAAACUGGCUGGAAUCGACCAAGGACAAUCCCGUAGUAAUUGACUUUGAGGUGUCGUCCAUUGUGGAUCUGGUGAAGAACAUGCCUUGUGCUGUGACCAGGCGACGCAACCUCAGAAGGGCCCUCGGGGAAUAUGCAGGCAGGUUUGACCCAUGCCAGUGUGCCCCGUGCCCCAACAAUGGCAGGCCUGUGCUUUCUGGGACAGAGUGCCUCUGCUUGUGCCAGGCUGGCACCUACGGCACAAACUGUGAGAUCCGAGCCCCAGGUUAUGAAUCAGUUGCUGUAGAUGGUCGCUGGGGUUGCUGGUCUGAAUGGAGCUCAUGUGAUGCUUCUUUCAAGAGAAGAAGGACCAGGGAAUGCAAUAACCCAUCCCCAAUAAACGGUGGAAAACCUUGCAAGGGUGAACGGGAAGAAGAGGAGGACUGUUACGUCUCUGUGUUCAUGGACAAAGGAGCUCCUUGUAUUAAUGAUGAUGAAGCAAAAAGAGAAGUGGAUAUUGUGAUUGGUGAGCUUGAGACUGGAUGCUCCAGGCCAGACCCACCAGAAAAUGGGUUUAUAAGGAAUGAAAAGAACCAGUAUGCAGUGGGAGAAGAAGCUGAAAUUGCCUGUGUGAGCGGUCAUGUUCUCAGUGGCUAUCAGUUCCUCCGAUGUUUGCCUGAUCAAACUUGGACACAACAACCUAUUGAAUGCCAACCCUCAUUAUGCCUGAGGCCACCAACAUCUGACAGUGUUGAAAUUUCCCCAUUUAAGCAACACUACAUCAUUGGUGAAACUGUGAAGCUAAGCUGUCGAGCUGGGUUUGUAGUCACUGGUCAAACACAAUAUACUUGUGGAAAAGACCUGUCCUGGUUUCCUUCUAUUCUGAGGUCUAUUACAUGCGAAAAAGAUGAGCAAACAAAGAUUAGAGGAUUUUGCAAUGCAGGACAAAAACAGGUUGGGUCUGAGUGUGUUUGCAUGAAUCCAGAAGAGGACUGUGGCCACUACUCAGAAGACAUCUGUGUGCUACAUGCUUUUUCUGAACAGCAUGUGACGAAACCCAGCUGUCAGUUUUCAGCUGAAAAGUGCCUUGGAGAGCAGUCAUUUCACUUUUUGCAUGCUGGCCCUUGCCACAGCAGUUCCGACUUACACUGGGCUAUUGAAAGGGCAAAGCUCUCUGCAGAAAGCUUGAAGAAAGUGCCCUGUGGCUAUGACACCUGCUAUGACUGGGAGGAAUGUCCAGAAUCACAGAUGCAGUGCUCCUGCCUAAUGCCUUACCAGUGCCCCAGAGAAGAGAGCCAGCUUCACUGCAUCCGAAUGGAGUCAACAGGGAGAAGGAAGACAGUCAGUCACUGUGUGCUGGCAGCCAUGAAGUGUGCUGGCAUCAGACUGGAGGUGCUGGAGGAGGGGAGCUGCCUGGGAUAAAUCAAUGGCUCUCCCAGUGGCCCCCACCACUGUCAUCCCACCACAAUGGGGUAAACCACCAUAGGUAAAACUCAACUGGUUAUAAAAGGACAAAUGAACUCAAGAAGGAUGCAAUAAUAAUAAUUUUUAAAAUGAGCUAAUUUAAUGGAAGAAGAGUGGCAAUGGGAUUUUUAUUUCAGUUUGAAAAUGACUUGAAUGUAGGAUAUGAGGACUGCUAUUGUUGUCAGUAAUUCUGCAUGGACAGAGGGAGGGAAGGGAGAAAAUAGGAAAAAAGAAAGGAGAACUCUGCCUCUGGUCUCUCUGGUGUUGGACAAGACUCUUCCUUUCCACAACCAUUUGUUGCUCUGUCUCUUCUCUGGUAACUGCUCUGCAUCCUGGUUGUCUGAGUGGCUGAGAGCCCACUGGACAGACAGGGCACUUCAACAUAGAAUCAUAGAAUUAAUCAUAGAAUGGCUUGGUUUAGAAGAUCAUCUAGUUCCAACACCCUGCUAUAGGCAGGGGCACCUCCCUCUAGACCAAUUUGCUCACAGCCCCAUCCAGUCUUGAAUGCUUCUGGGGAGGGGACAUCCUCAGCCUCACUGGAUGACCUGUUCCAGUGUCUCACCAUCAUCAUAGUAAAGAAUAUCUUCCUAAUAUCUAGUCAAAAUCUACUCUCUUCCAG